CGUUCAGAAAAGUAUCAUUGCAUCCUAUUACUUCCCAACGUUUUUGUGUGUUACGCUUACUAGCAGUUUCCAAAACAGGUCAUUUUUAUAAAUUCAUAGAAACCAGGCAAUUAAUUGCAGUCAACAGAUUUUUGUAAUUAAAGAGCAAUUUGUAGGUAUUUAGCUUCAGCUACGGAGAUCGCCUGCAGCAGAGCAAGGCAUUAAGCCUUAAUGCAGCAGUUGUGCUGAGCAACGACGAGCUGACCUUGCAGACCAAGUCCCCCCUUUUUACACCUGCGUGGGGAUUUGUAUCUGCAAGGGCCCAUGACAGUGCAGGUGCUUACAAUAAGGUAGUGCUGAUGGGAGCCAUUUGUAUGGCUUCUUACUUAAUUACAACCUACUGGAUGAGCAGUGAGUAUAAAUACCAGCUUAGUUGGUGGUAGGUAAGUAUGAGUAAAAAGCUUGGGGGGCAGGUAGAGCAAAGGAAAAGUAGGGCUUAUUUCCAAGCAUUGAGUGGUGAACUCUUUCCCAUACUCUUCAGUCUGUUACUUUAAAAUUUGCAGCUCUCCUUUGAGUGUUGCUAAUAGUGGUUUGCUGCUUUGAGGAAGAACCUGAAGUUUUGCUUUUGAGACUCAGCAACUGCUCUGGAGAAAUGUCCCCUGUGUAAAACCCCAGCUCCUGUACAAUGUACCAGUCUGGCUUUGUGCCACGGGAGUAUUACCCAACCGUGAUCCCACCUUCUGCUUACGCCUACCCACUGCUGCGGGCUGGGAGAGCAGAAGACGCAACCAACUCCAUGAUGUUCCCUCCCAUCCAUAUGCACAACUUCUACAGCCGACCUAUCACCUUUGUGGUGGACCGGAACAGCUACCCUGACUAUGCAGGAGGUCAGGUGGAGUAUCAUCAUCUCUACAGUGCAUCCAAUCCCUAUUUCCGUCCAUAUUACACCUGGCACUUCCCUCCUGUGGUCCCCAUCCCUCUGUACAAUCCCUAUGCAAACUACAACCCCUACACUGCUUACCAGAGGUCAGAUCAGUAUCGAGACACAUGGCCAGAAGGCUUCACAAUGAGAGGGGAGCUUCAAUGGGGGAAGCUCGGAAAGGUGUUUGGACCAAGGAAAGACCUCCCAGAAUUUGUGAAGGAUGAUCUCAGGAGGGUUUAUGGCACCUACCCACGAACCAAUGUCUCCAUAACCUACCGUAAAGGGGAGUUCUUGGUCAAGGGAGACCCCAAGGUAGGAGAACAGGAAUAUACAGUGGAAAAAAAAGUCAUUCAGCGGGUUGUGACCCCCAGUGCCAGUGAGGCAGAUGACAGCAGUGAGGACCGGAACCGUAAGAAGAAAAAGAAACUGAGACGUUGAUGUAGUCAGUUGCCCAAUGGACAGAUGCUCCAGAGCCCUUGUGGGAACCAGUUGGCAGCUGUUCUUGGUGCAGCUGGCAAAUAGCACAAGCAGUGGAUUCCACCACUCCCAUUGGCUUUUAACUGCUCCACAUCCUCCACAAGCUUACGGCAGCUUUACCCUGUUUGAUGCAUGAUGCCCAUCCUGUGAAGAAACCACGUGGCACUUGACUGUCUGUUGGAUCAGCUCUUUGGUCCUAGUUUUGAAAUGAAUGUUUACUUUCCACUGGUUUGGUUAAGUGGCCACAGUCUGGUGGGGGGAUUUCCAGACAGAAGCCCUUGAUUAGAAGAUGGGGCCUCUUCCUAUCCUGUCCAAGGGAAGGUCCUGAAAGCUGGCUCCUUUCCUGGCACUCAGUUAAGGAGAUCAAAGCAGGAUUUCCUCCAGGCUGGGGGCAGUACAGGUGUUGGAGAGAGGGGUUCUUGAACACUGUAAAAAGCAAUCAUUUGCAUAUCUUAUCACUGCUGUUUAUGACCAUACUAUUGCUCUUAAUCACUGUGCGAUGCCUGUAUGCAGCACUUCCCUACGCUGGCAGAAGAUCCUGGUGUCCCCAUAUUCUUACACUUGGUAAGCUGGUGCUCAGUUCUCCUGGCCACGUGUCCUUGUGGAAAUAGCUGUGUGAGGCCCUGCUCUGGGUCUGACUUGGCUCUGGUUGGAGGUGCUGGCUCUCUGGCAAGGUUACUGGAGUUGUGUGAACCAUAGCAUUUCCACAGCUUGGUCUCUUGGAAGGGUGGACUUCAGAGUUGUGCUGGAAACCUGGAGGGUUGUGAGGGUCUGCAUCUGACUUGCUUGUGAACUUCUCUACCUUUUAAAUGAUUAUAAAUAAACAAUAAAAAACCCCAAA